AGAUUCCAUUAAUGGAGAAUAAAAUGAAAUGGGAUAGAUCGAAGAAAAAGAAGUUCCCUGAUAUUGAAAUUGAAAUGAAUAAUAUACACUAUAACGGUAACGAUGAAAAAAUAACGAGAGAUGAAACGUCCAUACAAAUGAUUCCAUUGUGGUCUACUAAACAGAGCAUUGAUAUCCCGUCUCCAAAUAUUGGAGUUAAGGAACAAAGUUUUAUUUUACAAAGUGGGGAUUCUGGAAUUGAAUCUGUACAGGCAAGUCCGGCCCAAAAGGCGAAUAAACCCUGCAGUUCAUCCACAAUUGAUAUGUACGACGUCCCGGGCCCAUCGACAUCAAGGCGAUUUAGUUCCGUAUAUCUGCAUCCCGAUCGUGCACGUUUCAAUUAUCCCAGUCCGAUUGCUUCUUGUUCUCGAGAUCACAAUGCAACUGAGGUUAGUGACUUUGGGAUCGUGGACAGUGGUGGCAACCUGUCAGCUGCGUCGUCGGACGCAUCAUCGCUGAGCGUGCCCGGAUCGGGGGGACCAGGCGGCCACCGUCACAGCAUUCCAUGGGGCCGGCGCCGGAGUUCCACGUGGACGGGCCGGUACUCGGACGCCACGGACCCAGAAUUUGCGGACUUGCAGCGAAUGACCACCAGAGGCAGUGUGGGCAUGCACAGCCUGUCGGACUCGCUACACAAACUGACAUUCACUCAGAGCCUGGCGUUCCCGGAACUGGCACGGAAGCUGGCCAGCAGGCGGCGACAGGAACAGCUGCGGGCCGCUAUCAACGACAACAGCCAGGAUGACUUCGAGGCGUGUUCAAAGUUCGUCGCCGUGGCCGGUGGGUUCCUGCUCAGCCUGAUGGUGUACUGCGUGGUGAAUAAGUACGGAAAAGUAUAAGGGUGGUCGCCCCGUGGUGACGACCCGGGGC